CUGCGGCUGCUGCUAACAACGUGGCCCCUACGGCUGUUCAACCUUCCUUCGGUUAUUAACCCCGGCCUCGUAAUAACUGGUGGAAGGAUAAUCAGGAUCGUCUGGACAAGGUUAAUAAUAAAUACGUGCAAGAUGAGGAAAACGAGAGGAAGCGCAAGGGGGACGAAGAAACCAAGCGCAAUGAAUGGAGGAAGGAGAGGGAGAAAUUGGAGGCGGAGAUGGCCGCUAGAUUGGAUAAGCGCUUUGAGGAACUUGGGUUGAAGAAGAAAGAUGAGAAGGAUGGGGUGAAUCAACCUGAUGAGGUGGCACGACUGAAAAAGAAGAAUAACGAACUCCUUAGAAGAUUGAACGGCGCGGGUGGUAACCAGGAGUCGGAGGGUGAGGUGGCGUGUCUCAAACGUGAAAAUGAGGAGCUAAAACGGAAAGCCUAUUGGGAUGGAACCAGUACAAGGGAUAUCGAAAACACCGAGAUGGCGCGUUUAAAACGUGAAAAUGAUAAGUUGAAGAGGAAGCUGAGCAGGGAAGGAACCAGUCGGAAGGAGGGAGACUGUGUGUCCAAAUUGCAAAAUGAAAUUUAUGAGUUACGUAAAUUGGUUGGCAAUAAGCAGAUGGAGGGGGACGAGAUUUUCGUGCUUAAGAAGGAGUUGGGUGAGGUAAAGCUGUCGGCCUUCCUGAAAAUUAAUUUCGAGCAAGAGAUUGCCGGUCUACGAAAGGAGGUGGACGUGUUGCGAAGGCAGAAUGAGAAGGUCGUGGAAGAAGUUAGAUUAUGGAAGGAUGAAGCAAUGAGGCCAGGUAACAAGCGCGGUAGUGUGGCAAUGGGCACCCCAGGACUAGUUGAUCGAGGCUCCUCGAGACCCCGAUGGACGGACAACUUGAGGAAGGACGAUAAGUGGAAAGAGGAAUAUAUGAAGUUGCAGAGUCUACAUAAGUUGGCGAAUGUGGAGGCGUAACUGCUAAAGGAAAAGAGAGCGACAACCGGAGCCAAGAGGAUGGAGGCGGAAAAACAGGUGAAGGAUCUGGAGGAGAAGAUGAGCCGUCUUAAAGCGCCAGAGGGGGAAAAAGAGACGGAAGGUGGAGGAACGAACCUCAAAGAAAGGUUGGAUGCAGUAGCGCUUGGAUCGGUAAGAAGAGGAAGGAAAGCGACGCCUGCACGUGGUCCAAUGGAGGAGACGUCUGAUAAAGCGAAAAAUGUUAA